GAGCGCAGGCGCGGCCCCGGCCCCGGCCCCGGCCGUGGCGGCGCUGCGAGAUGGCGGCGGCGGGCGGCGGGCGGCGCUGGCUCUUCUGCCUGUGGCUGUCGGCGGCGCUGCUGCCGCGGGCGGCUCGGGGCCUGACCGAGGGCCUGUACUGCGGCCGCCGCGUGUGCUACGAGGUGCUGGGCGUCAGCCGGCAGGCCAGCAAGGCCGAGAUCGCCCGCGCCUACCGGCAGCUGGCCCGCAAGUACCACCCCGACCGCUACCGCGGCGAGCCGGGCGGAGGGGGCGGCGGCCCGCAGGCGGCCCACGAGAAGUUCCUGCUGAUCGCCACCGCCUACGAGACCCUCAAGGAUGAAGAAACACGGAAAGAUUAUGACUACAUGUUGGAUCAUCCUGAAGAGUAUUACAGGCACUAUUAUCACUACUACAGCAGGAGAUUGGCCCCUAAAGUGGAUGUCAGAAUCGUGAUUCUGGUUACGGUGUGCGCCAUCUCUGUGUUUCAGUUCUUCAGCUGGUGGAGUAGUUACAAUGAAGCUAUAAACUACCUAGCUACAGUGCCAAAAUACCGUAUACAAGCUACUGAGAUUGCCAAGCAACAAGGUUUACUCAACAAGACUAGAGAAAAAGGCAAGAACAAGAGGUCUAAAGAAGAAAUCCGUGAAGAAGAGGAAGAAAUUAUCAAAGACAUUAUUAAAAAUAAAAUAGAUAUAAAAGGCGGUUACCAGAAGCCCAAGAUAUACGAUAUCCUUCUAUUUCAGAUCCUUCUCGCUCCCUUUUACUUGUGCAAAUACAUAAUUUGGUACUGUUGGUGGAUUUAUUGUUUCAGUAUUAAAGGGCAAGAAUACGGUGUGGAAGAGAAGCUGUAUAUCAUACGAAGAUACAUGAAAAUGUCUCAGUCUCAGUUUGACAGCCUGGAAGACCAUCAAAAAGAGACCUUUCUUGAACGGCAGCUGUGGAUACGAGAAAACUAUGAGGUCUAUAAACAAGAACAAGAGGAGGAGUUAAAGAAGAAGAUGGCCUUGGAUCCCCGAUGGAAGAGGUAUCGGAGGUGGAUGAGAAAUGAAGGACCUGGAAGACUGACUUUUAUCGAUGAUUGAAAGUUACUGAACAAAAUGAGUGCUAGUGUCAACAGUGAUCUGCAAAACUUUUCACUACAUCAUUCAGAGUUUUAUCUGCUGUGGCUCAGCAGUGAUCUAAAACUCAGGAAUUAUUAAGUCAGGCCGAAAAUAAUACAGGUUUACCGUUUUUAUAAGUCAGACUUAUUAAACAGGCUUAGCUCAAUGUAUAUAUCUGACAUACAUGGGGAUCUUAAUGUGGAAUUCAUUAUUUCAAAUAAUGUAUUUUCUCGAAAUAUUUCCUACUUGUGAUCGAUGGAAUCAUAACUUUAAUCUUUCUGAAAACGGUUUCUAGAUCUGCCCUUGAAAGUCUCUGUUUUCCUUUUUAAACUGAAGGGUUCCUGCAAGUGGACACUGGAAAUUUGGAAAUGCUUACAAAGGACUCUGCAGCAAGGGCCAUCUCCUGCUUUCCUCUUCUUUCCUUCCAACUACUUUUCAACUUAAUUUCUGAAAUGCCAAAAUGUUUUUUGAUGUAGACAAUAUGGGGAUUAUACAGGACUACUACUUUUGCUAUUCCCGCUCCAGUUGGAAAUGAAUUUCAUUCUUUGUGGGAAUAAAUGAUGCAUGAUUGAUCACCGUUUUGGUGCAAACAAGCCUUAAUUCUUUGUUCUACAGAGUGGUUCAUGAAAUAGCAUACUUAAGUCUCUUAUGUUUGUUUUUUAAUCUUGUACGUUGGACUGUACCUAGCUGUUCAGAACAAGCGUACCAGUGAAUAUUAGUCUACUAAAUGUGAUACUUUUUUCACCAAAGUAUUGGUAAAGGGAAAAUGACCCUUUUGUUUAAAAGGGCAAUCUUGAUGCCUUAUGUAAAUAAAAGUUUAUAUAAUAUA